AUGGUGGCUAUUCAACGUAGAUUCCUUUGGGCUGGGAGUUCGGAUUCUAACACGGUGGCGUGGGUGAGGUGGUCGCAGGUUUGCAAUCCUAUGGAUAAAGGUGGCUUAGGUAUCAAAAGUAUUUAUGGGUUUAACAUUGCAUUGCUAUCCAAAUGGCUUAUGAGAUUUAUUCGCGAACCAGCUGCUAUAUGGAAAAAUUUGAUUAAGUUCAGGUACAAUAAUUUAGUUAAACACAUUCUGUUGAAUUCUGAUUCAUUUACUGCUUGUGUAAAUUCAUUAUGGUGGAAAGACGUUUGUAUAUUGACUUAUAUCCAUGAUGAUACGGGUUCCUUGGGAAAGAUGGCGUGCAAAUUAGGUAAUGGCAAUCUAAUUUCUUUUUGGCAUGCUAAGUGGGUAACUAAUAAGCCCUUGAGAAGCGUUUUUCUUGUUGUAUAUAUUGCUUCUGAAGCUAAGUUUGGUGUUGUAAGUGAUAUGGGAAGUUGGUAUGAAGGUGGUUGGCGGUGGAAUUUGUCAGGCGGGUUGGUUGAUCAUGAUUCUAAAGUGCAGGGCAAAUUGAUAGACCUGCUAGAAAUUCUUGCAGACAUUUCACCCUUUCCAGAUUCGUUCGACCAUUUUAUUUGGCCAAGAGCAUCUAUUACUCCAUUUUCAGUUAAGUCUUGA